CUGAAGACGGCAAUCAUUAUUCGGAAUCAAGCACGUUGAGACAGGCCAAUCAUUUUUUCAAUUCCUCGAUUCUCAACCAAAAUGGAUCCCUACAAUCCAGCAAAUUCGCUUCGCUCGUCGCAAGGACAAUUCUUAUUCUCAUCUGUACUAAAUCUCAACAAAGUCGAAAAGGCAUCUCCCCAAAGAGAAGUGUUUGACCCACAUAAAUUAAUGACCAUGGAAUUAAUCAAGACACCGCCGAGMAUUUUUGAACCCUCCUGCAAAAAUUCCAAUCGCCUGUUUCAAGCCUCACAUUACUUAUUCGAUAGCAGAUCCGGUAUUCCACCUCCAGAGACAAAAUUCGACCUUCAAAGACGAAUGAUUUGCCAUGARGACUUUCCUKUACUCGUUUCUUAUCAACAACAAUUAAAAAUCGUCAAGGCGACCAUGAAGUCAUCCAUCGUGCUGCAGUCUAACAAAGACGACGGAAAAAUCAUCGCAACGAGRAUGAAGCAACGACACGGACUUGCAAAUUGCACCAUCUUUCGAGGUCAGUGUCCACGCACCGACCAAAUGAUGCAAAAAUGGCACAAGAAUAUCGACUUGAUGAUGGAAAAACUCRCCAUUACUGAUGAUUAUUCAAGUGCAAAAGUGAUGGCUCCGACUCUCGUGUUGUCGUCGGAGAACCAGAUGGAUCCAGACUUUACCAAUGCUUKCCGMAAAAAUUACCCAAAGCACUUUGACCUCAUCACCUGGGCCGAAGAUUUCUUGCACUCAUCUGAUCAGGAAAAGAAGUUACCCGAGAAGAAACAUCCAGUWUGUGAAGAGACUGCAAAAAUCAAGGAGACCCAAGCUGAAAUCUUUCUCGAGGAAGCUGCUAUAUCAGAUAGUAUUGGUAACCCAAAGAAAAGGAUUCGCGAUGAGACUACUUUCAUGUCGACCCGUGGUAAGAAGAAUCGCACAGAAACAUCAUUACGAUUCCAUGCGAGCGAUAGAGAGCGUCAGAAUAACUCUCCACGCUGUAUCUUCUCUCCAAUAAAAGAGAAGCCCCUAAAAGAGUCCAAAAGUGUCAUGCCUAUCGCUCCACUGCCAUCACCAAUCUUGGCGAUUGAUAACAGUAUCACAGUUGCUCUKGCUCYGCAUCCAUUCAAUACCAGCAAGCUGCCCAAGGAUAAYGUUUCCCAAUCGUUGGAAGUAGUCGCUGGCGAAAGUAGUCUCUUGAGCGAGAGGACCUGUCGUAGGCAGAGAAGCAAGAUCGCUUUUGGUCAGAAUCUGCUUAGCGCAUCUGUUGCUACCGCGAGAACUUUGCAGUUCAAGUCUCAAAAUSAAGAUAAUUCUAAAGCGGACAAAAGCAAAACAGCGAAUUUAAUCGGUGGGAAGAGAUGCGAGUCUUCCAUUUAUAGGCCGACUUUGGUACCGAUCAAGGAGGAGACAGGAAACAACAAAAACKCCUCUCAGGCUCCUGACACGCAUGAGGAUAGCGACAAGGAGAAUAGUGACGAGAGUACCAACGUCCCACCGCGGUCCAUACUGUCAGUCACCUUUUUGUAGACGGCAAUGUACCUAUGUAGAGACAAAUUCUUCAAGGCAGCACACCCUUCGAUAGUUUUCGUAAACAAGCGAACAUGAUGAGCAGGAUUCCAGCMAAUAAACCUGUUUCCACAAGCCCUCUAGGAAAACCCUUCCUUCUCAGUUCUUAUUUAGAAAGUAACCACUCCAUGAAUCAACGAUCGCAGUAUGCUUCAUGUCUCCGACAUGUUCAACACACAUCAAAAAUGCCAAGCUUGGUGCUGCACGAAAUUAGAUUAGGUGAUACUUAUUAAUCAAAGUAGUUAAAAUAU